GAAUCGAUUUAUUUCCUUUAUGGAUUGGUCCAAUUUAUCAUUUGUCGAAUCUUUGUGGUCGAGUUUAUCAAAACAAAGGUUGAAAAACCACUUGGUAGAGUCGCAAUUAUUGGAGCAGGAGUCACUGGUGUAUCUAGUGCAGCUCAUCUUGUAUCUCAUGGUUUUGAGGUGACAAUCUAUGAACAAAAACCAAAGUUAGGGGGAAUUUGGGCUGCUGUUAACCAAACUUCGAGUUUACAGCUUAACUCUUUGCUUUAUCGAUUUCAUCCUGCUGUCAUUUGGUCUCAAGGAUUUCCAGUCAAACAGCAUGAGAUUCUAUCUGAGAUUACACGUAUUUGGGAGCUUUAUCGUCUCGAGUCUCGCACUAAAUUCAAUUAUGCAGUCCGUGAUGUACGUAGACGGAUUCUGCCAGACGGGAAAACUCAGUGGACAAUUGAUGAAGGACAUGAUGGGGUGUUCGAUGCCGUGAUCGUAGCCAUUGGAACCUGCGGACCUCCCAAGGCAAUUCAAGGAUUAGGAAUAGAUAGAUUCACUGGACCAGUGGCUCAUUCUUCAAAGCUUGAUGGAUUAGAUCUUAAGGGAAAGCGAGUUGUGAUCAUUGGAGGUGGUGCAAGUGGAGUAGAAGCUGCUGAAUUAGCUGUAAACUCAAACGCGGCUGAAGUCAAUCUUCUAGCCCGCUCAGAUAAAUGGUUUAUUCCUCGAAAUUGGUUUUUAUCCAUCCUACUGGGAUGUUGCCCACGAAGACUCCAGAAUUCUGUCGGAGCUUGGGUCGAAAGUGCUCUCGUGAGAUUUCAUUACGGAAAUCUCAAACAUCUUGCACCGGCCCAUCAGCGUUUUUACUCCGAUACUCCAAUCGUCAAUGAUAUAUUCUUUCAACAUGCUCGGUCUGGUAGGGCAAGAUAUAUCCGAGGAGACCUAUCAGAAAUUUUACCUACAGCACUCAAGUUGAAUGUGCGAACUGAUCGCACAAGUAAACCAGGCGAUUCAGGUGUUGUAGAAAUACUAAAAGCAGAUGUUAUAAUUGACGCUACCGGGUAUCAUAGACCUGAAUACGAAUUUCUUCCUACAGUCAAACUAUUUCCGAGCAAAGACUACUCCCCACCCCACAUCUUUAUGCAAACCUUUUCAGUAUCGGACCCUACUUGUUUGAUGACCAAUGCAGCUUACUUUGAUGGGGUCGGAGCUGUUGGACAUUAUCAUAUAGGGAUCUCUACCAGGCUUCUGAUAAUGUUCUUGUUACAACCUGAAACUGCUCCUAAACAAUGCUUCGCGUCUGUUACCCAAAUUCAUUCUUCACAAUUUCUGCACUUCAUCAAAUUUUUAAAGAUCACUGAAACUUCUAUUCAACAAUGCAGUUAUGUCGAAUUGGUCUGGUGGUUCGUCGGCUUUCACCUGACGAACUUUAUGCGAAUGAGAUGGGCUAUCUUCAAUCUCUUUGGUUGGGGUCAG